UCGAGAGGUGCGGCCCGGGGAGGGGCCAGGAGCAGGAACGUGCCCGGUACUGCCCAGUCUUUGUCUGCUGCCUCCGGAUGCACAGCGAUGGGGGAAUGGACCAUCUUGGAGAGGCUACUGGAAGCCGCGGUGCAGCAGCACUCCACUAUGAUCGGGAGGAUCCUGUUGACUGUCGUGGUGAUCUUCCGGAUCCUCAUUGUGGCCAUUGUGGGGGAGAUGGUGUACGAUGAUGAGCAGACCAUGUUUGUGUGCAACACCCUGCAGCCCGGCUGUAACCAGGCCUGCUAUGACCGCGCAUUUCCCAUCUCCCACAUACGUUACUGGGUCUUCCAGAUCAUAAUGGUAUGCACCCCCAGUCUCUGCUUCAUCACCUAUUCUGUACACCAGUCUGCCAAGCAGCGAGAACGGCGAUACUCUACUGUCUUCCUAGCCCUCGACAGAGACCCUUCCGAGUCUAUAGGAGGUCCUGGAGGAACUGGGGGUGGGGGCAGUGGUGGAGGCAAACGAGAAGAUAAGAAGUUACAAAAUGCCAUUGUCAAUGGGGUACUACAGAACACAGAGAAUACCAGCAAGGAGACAGAGCCAGAUUGCUUAGAGGUUAAAGAGCUGACUCCACACCCCUCAGGGCUGCGCACUGCAGCGAGAUCCAAACUCCGAAGACAGGAAGGCAUCUCACGCUUCUACAUUAUCCAAGUGGUGUUCCGAAAUGCCCUGGAGAUUGGGUUUCUGGUGGGUCAAUACUUUCUUUAUGGCUUCAGUGUCCCAGGGUUGUAUGAGUGUAACCGCUACCCCUGCAUCAAAGAAGUAGAAUGUUAUGUGUCUAGGCCUACUGAGAAGACGGUCUUUCUAGUGUUCAUGUUUGCCAUGAGUGGCAUCUGUGUGGUGCUCAACCUGGCUGAACUUAACCAUCUGGGAUGGCGCAAGAUCAAAUUGGCAGUUCGAGGGGCCCAGGCCAAGAGGAAGUCGGUGUAUGAGAUCCGUAACAAAGACCUGCCCCGAGUCAGUGUUCCUAAUUUUGGUAGGACUCAGUCCAGUGAUUCCGCCUAUGUGUAAGAAGGUAGGUUCUGGGAAGGCCUGCUGGGUGGCAAAUAGCCCCAAGCCAGGUGACUGCUGGAGGGUAGGCAGCUCUGCUCUCAUGUAUGUGAUACUCACUACCAAGAUCUAGGCUACGAUGGUUCAGAGAAGAUCUUACAUCAACAGAAAAGGUAGAACUGUCAGCACAUGUUACACCAUUGGUUCUACAGAGACAAGUGGGUAGAGUGAUGAGAUGCUGAGCUGGACUUCUUGGGGCCGUUUUCUUUAGUGGCCCUUCUUGCUCUCGACAACAGUGGACUUGCACAGCUGCCAACAGGACUUAUCUCUCCUGAGUUCUGUAUCCUGGUGAAUGGCAUGAAUCAAAUACUCAUUGACAUAAAAUUUGUGACCUAUCUCAACACAUCCCUUUAUCCUGGGAUACAGGGAAAACAUCCUUGAGGCUCCUUCUCCCUGUCAGCAUGCUCCUUUUCCUCAAACCCAGGAUAGCAUGCCAGCUUCCCUCCUCCCCUGAAUCUGGCCUUAUAUUAGACCUAACACAGUGGAUCUGCAAACUAGAGGGAAUAACAUUGGAUGUUUUUUGGAGACUGGCC